AUGCCUAGGUCCAUGUGUCCCAAGGAGCACAAGAGUGUCCCUUUUAGAGAUCCCUCGUGGCUAUACGAAUUCAAUCGUUGUGGAACGUAUGUGAGCGAACAUCCACGCGGCCUUCGCUCAGAGGCUACGGCACUCUACAAGGAAUUGCUUGGAAAAGAGCAGCCGCUUCCCCAGAAAUCCUUGUUUGAUGACGACGUAAUUGGCGAAACUUGCGAGAGGGUCAGGUUCAAGAAUGAGACGACACUAUUUCGCGACAUCACUCCUUUGCUUGCACCGUCAGUUGCGCUUCUUGCUACCGACCAUCCGCAUCUGGGUUUCCUGUGCGAAUCCACGGACGAGGUGUGGUCAACCGCUCACCCCGUCGUCCACAUUCAGCCGCAGCCCACCUAUGCCGUCGGCUUCUCGUCUGAGGCGUUCUCGGAAGAGCAAUUUGGCAAGGCUACGGACUUCUUCGACGACCUCUAUGCGGCGGAGACAUCUCCUAUGAAGGUCACCCCCGAUAUGUUCUUCCCCUGUUUCUCGUUGGAAAUCGGGCCCAUCUCCCUGGGCGAGUGCCAGAACGUACACAGCAUGACAAUUGGCAUGCGCGGCGUCGUUGAGCUCUUCCGCGGUGUCAAGCGUGAGGCCGAGCUGCACCGCCAGAUCCUGGGAUGGUCUAUCGCACACAACCAUCGCCGAGCAGAAAUAUCGGUGCAUUACCCGGUGAUCUACGGGGACGUUACAAACUUUCAUCGAAAGAAGAUCCACUCGUUUGACUUUUCCGAUCCCGAGUGCGACCGGUGGGCUGCGUACCGCUUUACCAGGAACCUCUACGACACCUGGAUGCCGGCGCAUUUCGCCAACAUUUGUUCCGCCAUUGAGCAGCUUCCGAAUGAAUGGCCCCGUUAUGUGGACAGCGUUGUUGAGUUCCAAGGCUGA